CGGGAAACUUCUAAACCAACUUUUAAGGUUAUAUCCCCACAAUAAAAUUGACCAGUCUUGGAAGAAUUCGGGCGAUUUUCACAAACUCCAGAUGUAGACAAACCACGAUAUUACCCACCAUCGAUGCUAAAUACCCCCAUGUUUCGCCAUGGCCUUCCCCAGGAUGAACCUCCGCCACCCCAGCUCCAUGUUGCCCCACUUUGACUGUGAAAAUAGCAACAUCGAAGUUUACUAUUGCAAGGACUGUCAUUUCCGCACCGAACUCACCCUAUUUUACAAGCAACACUUCGAAAAGUGCCACGGCAUCAAAACGGAAAUCCAGGAGCACCCGUCGAACGAGGACUACACGGCCAAAAAAUACGAGUGUGAAAAAUGCGGCUUCGAAACCCACUUCUCGCUCACGUGGCUCCAGCACACCGCGGGGUGUUCAGCGACCAGGGAACCCCCACAAGUGACAAGUGACGACUUCGACGGCCAAAAAAAUUCUUUUAUGCGGUAUAAUUGCGAACUCUGUGAAUACAAAUGUCAGAGCAAGUAUACAUUUAAAAUUCACAAAAUUUCGCAACAUUCGAUUAACUAUGAGAUACCUUGGUGUCAAAACCAGCAGUCGUCAAACGACUCUAAAGCGAAUUUAGCAACGCACGUGGAAAAUAUAAACGAACAAAAGGUGAAAAGCUUCGGAUGUACGGUAUGUCCGUACAAAACUAAAUACAGGUCGGCGUUGAAAAUCCACAUGAAUUCGCAGCAUUUAGAUGGGCAAGACAUCAAGUGGUACGAAUGUCCCAAUUGUCCAUAUAAAGCGAAACAAAAUUCGCACUUAAAAGUCCACAUUAAAACCCACCACUUGGACGAAAAAGACAUUAAGUGGUACGAAUGUAAGCAGUGUCCCUAUAAAGCUAAACAAAGUUCGCACUUAAAAAGCCACAUCAAAGUGCACCACUUGGACGACAAUAAUAUUAAAUGGUACGAAUGCGAAAAAUGCACCUACAAAGCUAAAGAAAGUUCGAAUUUAAAAAAGCACGUGAACGCGUUGCAUGCAGACGGGUUGGUUGUUAAAUGGUACGAAUGCACAAAGUGCCCAUUUAAAACCAAACAAAACGUUCAUUUGAAAAACCACAUGAAUGCGUACCAUGUGGACAAGAAAAACAUCACUUGGUAUGAGUGUAAAGAGUGUUCUUAUAAAGCUAAACAGAGUUCUAAUUUAAGGAGUCACAUAAAAGCGCACCAUUUGGAUGAAAAGGAUAUUAAAUGGUACAUGUGUAACAAGUGUGCCUAUAAAUCUAAAAAAAAGUCGAAUUUGAAAAGUCACAUAAAUACGCAUCAUUUGGAUAAGAAUGAUAUUAAGUGGUAUGAAUGUAACGAGUGUCCUUAUAAAAGUAUACGUGCUGCGGAUUUAAGGCGGCAUAUAAGUUUGCGACAUUUGGACGAGCAGGAUAUUAAUUGGUUUGAGUGUGAUAGGUGCCACUACAGGACUAAGCAUAAAUCCAAUUUGAAAAGUCACGUGAAUUUGCACCAUUUUGAUGGUUAAGGAAUGUAAAUGUACAUAAAAAGUAAAUUAAAAUAAAUAUUUUUGUUAUCGUU